AGAAAUAGAACAAGCAACAACUGCAGUGACGUAGUUUCAAUACAGUGCUUAUCGUACAAGUCGCCGUCUCUCUCGUCUUCCAUUUCAAUGGCAGUUGAACUCGAAUCCAUCUCUGGAAACCCUAGCAAUGGCGAGGAAGACAUUGACGAAGAAGACGAGGAAGGAGAAGAAGACGAAGGGGAAGAAGACGAAAAAGAAGACCUUGAAGAGGACAUCCAACCCGAAUGGCCAAAUUCUCGAACCUUAGAGUCUCGAGCACGAAGAGAGCGGGCGAAGGUAGAGAAUCUCUUCCGUCGGAUACAGACUGAAACGGUGCCGCUUCGUGUCCACGAUGUUAUCAUCAAGGGCAACACCAAGACCAAGGAUUCCUUAAUUGAAGCUCAAACGGCUUUGCUUAAAGACGUUUCGUCGAUGCAAGAUUUGCUGGAGGCUUCGAAAGUAGUGAAUUUCAGGUUGCAGGCGCUUGAUGUCUUUGAUUCGGUUAAGAUCACGCUUGAUUCGGGCCCUCCGGAGCUUCCUGGGACGGCUAAUGUUGUGGUUGAGGUUGUGGAGACUAAGAGUCCACUGUCUGGAGAAGUCGGCGCAUACACGAAAGGAGAGGCUAGAUCUUCAACAAUUGAAGGAACAGUCAAGUACAAAAAUAUAUUUGGUUAUGGUGAUCUUUGGGAUGCCUCUUUAGCAUAUGGUGGUGACCACAUGGCUGAGGUAAGUUCUGGUGUGUAUUUGCCAAGAUUCAGAGGACUUGCUCCUGUGACAGCAAGAUUAUUCCUGCUAUCCCAAGAUUGGCUGAAAUUUUCUUCUUUCAAAGAACGAUCAUUGGGCCUCUCUCUUGGUUUAGUUUCAAGUAGGAACCAUGACUUGGUGUACACUCUUUCAUGGCGCAUUUUGACAGAUCCAUCACAAAUGGCAUCCAGGUCAAUAAGGAGGCAGCUUGGUCAUGGUCUGCUUUCAUCCUUGAAAUACACAUUUAAGAUUGACAGGAGAAAUUCACAUUUGAGGCCAACACGUGGGUAUGCUUUUGUGUCUACCACUCAAAUUGGUGGUCUUGCACCUGAUAGUCGGAGCUUACGGUUUUUGCGCCAGGAGCUUGAUCUUCGUUAUGCAGUCCCUCUUGGGUUUUUGCGUUCUGCACUCAAUCUUGGGAUCUCUGGUGGUCUUAUUUUUCCAUGGGGAACUGGAUUCUUAAACAUGCCUUCUCCCCUACCAGAGAGAUUCUUCUUGGGUGGUAAUUUAUCUCCAAUUUGCACUUUGGGAGGUCCAAUAGCGUUAUAUGGGUUUAGUACAAGAGGACUGGGCCCCACUGAGCCUCGAAGGCAAUUGCAAAAUAAUCCAACUGAUGGUAGUUCUGAAUCUGGGAGAGAUUAUCUUGGAGGAGAUCUUGCUGUUACUGCUUUUGCAGAUUUUUCUUUUGAUUUUCCAUCCAAGUGGUGUCAAUCAAAAGGUAUCCAUGGACACAUGUUUGCAUCUGCUGGAAAUAUUGACAAAUUAACAGAAAAUGCAUACCAAAAUUUCUCUGUGCGAAAGUUUGUGGAAUCAUUUCGAACCUCUGUGGGAGUUGGGAUUGUUGUUCCUACAAAUCUGUUCCGUCUGGAGUUAAACUACUGCUACAUGUUGAAGAAAUUUGAUUAUGACCAUGGGAAGUCAGGGUUUCGGGUCAGCUUCUCCACACCAACAUAGAAUCUGGAAGAUAAGUCUGGCAGACUUAAGUUGAGCUCUUCUUUACUUUUUGCAGGGAAGUAUCAGAACACCUUCAUUUUUUUCUUUCAAAUGUAAUUUUGAUUUGAGAGUCCGAAAGUUCAGUGAACUGGAAUUUUGUGAGGUAUAAAUGGAGGGAAAUAAUUCAACAUAUCAAGAAUUAACUUGGGCCCUAUUUAUAAGGGGGGUUUUGAUGUAACUGUGAACAUUCCAAUUUCAAAUCUGACUUUGCAGAGGAUCUGAUUAGAUCCUGUUUUGUUUGUCACUUUCUUGGCAAAGUAAUUUAUUCUUAAUAAGGGGCUUCAGUUGUUUACUCGUGACAAGUCAUGUGAGAGUUUUUGCUUGUUUGAACUGCAAGACUAUUAAUUUUAAGAUGUCUUCUGAUGAAA